AUGGACCAGCUGCUGCUUCGGACAGGGUCUGGGGGAUCACCUGGAUACGCACUUGGAUACCUGGAGCAUUGCUCAGAGGAGGUGCCGAGGGACAAACCUUUGUGCCAGGUAGCGGCAGCCAAACAGGGGCUGAAACUGAAGGGGAGAACACAUUUAUUUGCCCUUGUUGAAGUGAGGCGAGCACCUGAGUGUGGCGGAAAUGCAGGAGAACGCGAAAGCAUCGGGGCAGAGCAGCCGCUGGAGGUGCCCGAGCCGUCUCCCCCUUGCCCGCAGGGCCGGAGUUGCCCACCGCCGGCAGCUGACAGGUCCGUGCUGGAGAGUGGGAGAAGGGUCCCUGCUGGCUGCCGUGUCCUGGGUGGGCACAGAGCUCUGACCUUGGCCAGAUGGGCUGUUCGGUUUCUUUCUCACAGGUUUCCGGGUGUUUUGAUCCUGACGUCGCCAAAGCCUCAGGCUUCUCUCCCUGGGCCCUUGCCGUUGCCGUAUCUCUUGGAUGCCGUGCAGAACGGAAUCAGGCAGCCAAGCCUCAGGUUCGCCUUCUCCCUCACCCUCUGCGCUGCUCGUGUGGCACAGCAGAUCCUGAAGCCAGAGGAGCACGUGUACAUAAGGGUAAAGAGAUUCCUUCUGUCACACCGGUAUUUGGACCUGAGGAAGGUACCAGGUUUUCUCCAGCUUUUCUACAGUUUUGAUUUUGAGUACAAAACAGCACGAGUGGGUCCUCAGAUUUCUUGGGGAAGGGCUGUGACAAACAUUGCUGUGAGCUCUAUGUCUACCAGAGGAUUUUCCGGGUCAUUCUUUCCUUUCUCAGCAGUCCUUUGUGUGACCAGGGCUCCCAGAGUCCUAUUCUGGAGAUACGACAGAGUGCUGCCCGCGUCACCUCUAGAGCUGCCCAUGAGCCGAUAGAGGAUCACAGCCUCCUCUCGUGGGUCCUGCACGGCUUAGAGAAAAGGUUUCUGGAGAACCAGGUGAUAAAUAAAAUGAUUUCCUUACUCCAUCCUUUGUGGCUAAUAAGUUUAGGAGACAAGAGAGAAAACAGGAAUCGAUCCCAGAUGCUGCUGUUGAGAUGGGUAUAUGAUCUACCUGUAUAUAGAUAUAUGCGUAUCUCUGUAUAUCUGUGUAGUGAUAAUAAUGGGAGUUUUUAUGAUACGUUGCUUUACUGUUUUAUAUUUUUCAUAAAGCGUGAUUUUAAGUUAUUAGGUAUAACAUUUUAUUCUGCUUAUUGGCUAAAGUAACAUUUUCUUGUAUUUGAUUGGUAUCAAGUCAUGUUAAUCAUUAAUUGGUAAGAGUUUAUAAUGAAUUAUUAAGGUGUGAAUAUUGUUCAUUGAGGUACGUCUUUUUUUUACUGUAGGUAUUUUCAUGUGUUCGUAUGGGUUUUUAUGUUAAUGAUUUUGGGUUUUUGUGUUAUGAAUAUAUUAGUAUUUUAUUAGGGGUUUUUUUGGUUAGUUUACUUGUUUGGUGUGUAGAUCACUCCUGUUAAGUAUGUUUAUCUAUAUAUGUUUUAAAAUGUAAAUUAUAAAUCUACUUGUUAAGGAUUUUUGUAGAGUUCUAUGUAAAAAUUUAAAUCGGUAGGGGAGAUAAAAAGCAGUAAUUAUUAAUAAGAUGAGUAUUUUAGUUUUUAAUAAUGAUUUAAGUUAUUCAGCGAUGUUUUAAUUUUUGAAAAUAUUAUUUAGUUAUUUUUUA